UCGACUCUUGACAAAAGUGGUGCAGACCUGAUCAGUGGAGCUCCGAGUCGGCUUUUAGUCUGGCGAUGGAUUGCUUCUGUUUGGUGACGUCUUUCAGGGACGUCCGUCGUGGUGAUCUGUCGACCGAAUUGGUCCACUAUGGCACCCGUCAGGCCGGCAGCGAGGUUGAGAACCGGUGGCUUGGGGGCGCGUGUUGAGGGGGUUUCACCUGUCGGAUGCAGGAAUAAGAAUGGGAAAAAGAGGACCUGGCGGCCUAACUAUCCUCAAGCUUUUUCGGGCAGCGUUCGCGAGGGGCAAGGCUUUGCAUUUCGGAGAAAACUGAAGAUUCAACAACAUUACAAGAAAUUGCUGUGGAAGAAAAAGAAGGCUCAAAUAUCACAGGAGUCCCAAUUCACAGAUCAGUAUCCAGAUCAUCUGAAACAUCUUUAUUUAGCUGAAGAAGAAAGACUCAGGAAGCAACUGAGAAAAGUUACCCAGCCUUUGUCAGAAGAACAAGUUGACCAGCCUUUGCCUGAAAAAGAGCAUAGCAUUGAUCAGACUUUGUCUGAAGACGAAUGUAGUGUUCAUCAGCCUCAACCAGAACAGUGUGGCAAAACGAAAAAUUCUGUGACUAUUCCAAAAAAGAAUAAAAAGAAAACAUCAAAUCAAAAAGCACUAGAAGAAUAUGAACGGAUACAAGCUAAACGUGCUGCCAAGAAACAAGAGUUCGAGAGGAGAAAAAAAGAGAGAGAAGAAGCUCAAAGACUCUACAAAAAGAAGAAAAUGGAAGUGUUCAAAAUAUUGAGCAAAAAGACUAGAAAGGGCCAACCAAACUUGAAUUUACAAAUGGAAUAUCUUCUUCAAAAAAUACAAGAAAAAAGUUAAAUCAGACAUUUUUUUCCUAAGGAAAAAUGAUUAAGGGUUAAAUUCUGCAAAUAUUUUUGUUCUUGUGAAAGAAAAUUUUCUAUAUAUGCUGUAGAUUUUGUGACAUUUAUUUUCCUCUGGAAGAAGGAUGACCUGAAGAACUGAAAGAACCUUCUAUUUGAGAAACAUGAUCAAGCGUGUACUGCUUUUGUAUCAUAUGAUGUUUGUGAAAUAAAAGUUUUAAAAAUAA